AUGAGUGGACUAAAAGGUAAUUUUACCAGAUCGCAGCUAUAAUAUUAUUUAAGCCGUCGUUUCCUUAUCUCUGGCUGCCGUUAUCGGUCUCACACUGCUGGUUCUCGCUUGUGUAUUGACAUCAGAAGGGUGAGCAAAUCUUUGAUGUCUGAGAACGGGUUUAGGACAUGGUGGCCAAUGUUUGUGAUCGUCUUCUACCUUUUAUCUCCACUUCCUAUUUUAAUUGCGCGCAAUGUUUAUGACUGUGAAUUCAACGUAGCAUCCCCAGGAAUCGAAUUCGCCCUGUUUGCGACAACUGGUAUUGUGUUCUCGGCUUUUGCUCUUCCCUUCAUCCUAGCUCAUGCUGGUGUGGUAAGCUAUUAUUACUUUUUGUUGUUUUUAGUCACGUGGUCUAAACAUUUAACUUUUAUUCACUGACGUUUUGUGGUCGUACUUGAGACGUUGUUUUGUGUUUUAGAUCCAGACGACAGCCGUUCUGUUGACCUGCGUGGCCUCAGUUUUCAUGUUUGGCACAAUUUACAGCUGGUUCCGGGUUAAUUCGGAGGACGAUUACUCGGCCAAUAUCUUCUAA